AUGUUCUCUGAUCUUAGAAAACCUGAAUAUGAAUGUAAAUCCUACAAGUGUGAUAUUCAGCAUCCUUUAAAGGUAUGGCUGGGUAAUGACAGUGAAAUGGUUGAGGAGAGAGGAGCUGCAAGCAUUGAGAGGAACUACAUCAACAGCAGAAAGUCAUCAGAUACAUUCCAGUGUCCCCAUUGCCCAUAUGUCUGUUCUACUCGCUCUCACUUUACCAAACAUUACCGGACUCACACAGGCGAAAAACCUUUCUCAUGCCCAUAUUGCUCAUAUCAAGUAUGGCUGAGUAAUGACAGUGAAAUGGUAAGCCAGAGAGCACCAGCAUGCACACUGAGGAGCCCUGAUGGCAACAGAAAAGCUUUGGAAUCCUUUAAAUGUACACACUGUUCAUAUAUGUUCCUGAAUAUUGAGGGCCAAAUGGUUGAUGAGAGAAGAGCUGCAUGCAAUAGGAGGAACCAGGCCGACGCCAUGAAAAAGCAGGACGUUUACCAGUGUCGUCACUGUACCUACUCCACAACACUGCGCACAAAUUAUGAAAAGCACUUUCGUACCCAUGCUGGAGAAAAGCAGUUUGAGAAUAUACCUUUAGAAAUAUAUGGUUUAUCGUGUGCCUUGGUGUUGGAUUUGCUCAACUGA